AUGGUUCGCUCAAGUAUCGUUUCAGAUAACGGCGCAGGAUCUACUGGAACUGGAGGACGAGGUGAGACGGCACCGUUGACCUGGGUGGCAGCCGGGUUCGAUUGUACAUCAGCCGCACUGACAGCGAUAGAAUUCAUUCAUCUCAUCAUCAUAUUCACAUUUCUUUGCCACUAUCAUGGAUCGCCCCAGAAAAUCUUCUCCACCUCGUGCGUUGACGUGGUUUGUUGGGUUCCAUUUGCCGUUGAGAUGGCCAAGAGGCCUUGUGCUGCUGAAGCAUUCAGUGCGAAUCCGUUGAGCGUUUACAAAGAGUAUUCACAGCAGCUGUGA